AUGAAGUCUGUGUCGUUGUUCACUGCUGCCAUCAUAGCCACCGCCACCGCCCAACAACAAGACACCGACCCGUCGCAAAAGUGUGAGGACUCUGUCACAACCGUGUUAGCAGUGGAAACAGUUGAUCCUGCCAUCCUCGUGUGUGCCAAGGACUCUGGCGUGACCAUUGACCUGAGCGUGAUCCCCACCGAUGCGGACCUGGCCAAAGUUGUGGCCACCAAAUCGUGCACGGUGUGGUGGGACGGCGUUGUGUCCAAGGUCAAGGCGAUUUCGCCUCCCUGUGACUUUCCCGUUGAAGGGGGCAGCGUCGUGAACACUGCCAAGUUCAACUGGGGCCUCAGAGAUUUUUACGCGUUUGUCAAAGAGGAUGCCACGACGACUGACAUACCCCCCCCUACCACCACGACCGCCAAGCCCCCCGCCACGACCGCCAACGUCAGCACCGUCACAACCGUCAAAAACACCACCAACGCCACCACCACCGUCAAGCCGGACAUGAUUGUCUCACCCAAGCCUGUCACUGCCAUCACCACGGCCCCCCCUGCGAAAACUGUCGCGUCCAACGCGGCCGUCGUGGCUGUGAGUGUCGCGGCUGUGGCUGUGGCGACGAUGUUCAUGUAA